AUGGACCCCUCCCAGCGAGUCGUCAUCAUCGGCGCCGGCAUCGUCGGUGUCAACAUUGCCGACGAGCUGGUCUCGCGCGGAUGGUCCAACAUCACGGUCCUCGAGCAGGGGCCCCUCAGCAUGCCUGGCGGCUCAACAUCUCAUGCUCCGGGGUUGGUGUUUCAGACGAACCCGUCCAAGACCAUGAGCAAAUUCGCCAUGUACACGGUCCAGAAGCUUCUGUCCAUAGACUGCUUCAACCAAGUCGGCGGCCUAGAGGUCGCCGAGACCCCAGAGCGCCUCGAGGACCUCAAGCGGAGAUAUGGCUACGCCCGCUCGUGGGGGAUCGACGCGGAGCUGCUCUCGGCGGAGCAGUGCCGCAGGAUCUACCCCCUGCUGGGCCCAGACGUCGUCCUCGGAGGCCUGCUGUUCCCCACAGACGGUCUUGCGCUGGCGGCCAAGGCGGUGCAGGUCUUGAUCGAGAGGACGCGGAAGGCCGGGGUCCGCUACCUGGAGCACACGCGCGUCACGGGCAUCCAGCAACAAGACAAGCGCGUCACGGGCGUCGAGGUCGGCACCGGGGCGACGAUCCCGGCCGACCUGGUGCUGUCGUGCGCGGGCUUCUGGGGCGUCGAGCUCGGCGCCAUGGUCGGCCUGCGCGUGCCCCUGCAGCCCAUGGGCCACCAGUACGCCAAGACCACGUCGGUGCCGACGCUGAGGGGCAAGAACGCGCUCCCCAACGGCGCCACGCUCCCCAUCCUCCGCCACCAAGACCGAGACCUCUACUACCGCGAGCACGGCGAGCAGGUCGGCAUCGGCUACUACGGCCAUCGGCCCUUGCCCGUGACCGCAUCCUCCCUGGGCCCGACCCCGCGCCACGUCGACGAGCAAAACAUGCCGUCCCGCAUGGCCUUCACCCCACAAGACUUCGCCCCGGCCUGGGAGCUGAGCAAGAAGCUGCUCCCGGCCCUCGCAGACACCACGGUCGAGACGGGCUUCAACGGCAUCAUGUCCUUCACGCCCGACGGCGGGCCGCUGGUCGGCCAGGCCCCGGACCUCGACGGCUUCUUCGUCGCCGAGGCCGUCUGGGUCACGCACUCGGCCGGCGUCGCGCGCGCCGUGGCCCAGCUCCUGACCACGGGCAAGUCGGACGUCGACCUGCUCGCCGACUGCGACAUCACACGGUUCGACGACGUGCAGCUCACGCGCGAGUACGUGACCGAGACCUGCACGACGGCCUUUGUCGAGGUCUACGACGUCAUCCACCCGCUGCAGCCGCGGUCGUCGCCGCGCAACCUCCGCGUCAGCCCCUUCUUCGCCCGGCAGGCGCAGGACCUGGGCGCCUACUUCCUCGAGGCGAGGGGCUGGGAGCGCCCGCACUGGUUCGAGGCCAACGCGCCCCUCGUGCGCGACCUGCCGCCCGCCUGGAGGCCCAAGGACCGCGACGCCUGGUCCACCAGGUACCACUCCCCCGUCGUGGCCGCCGAGGCCUGGAAGACGCGGACCGCGGCCGGCCUGUUCGACAUCACCCCCAUCCGCCGGCUGCUCGUCUCGGGGCCCGGGAGCCUGGAGCUGCUGCAGCGGCUGUGCACGAGCGACGUGUCGAGGCCGCCCGGCGCCGUGACCUUCACGCUGCUGCUGGACGACCACGGCGGGGUGAGGAGCGACGUCUUCGUGGCGCGCCUGGCGGACCAGACGUUCCAGCUGGCGGUCAACGGCGCCGUCGACGCGGCGUACCUGGCGCGCGAGGCCCGGCUGCAGACGACAGCUCGGCCGGCAACCUCCGUGCAGGUGCGCGACGUCACGGGCGGGACGUGCGGCGUCGGCGUCUGGGGCCCGCGCGCCGCGGACAUCAUGGCGCGGGUCUGCAGCGACGACCUGGCGGCCAUGCCGAGGAGCACCGUGCGCGCGUCCGUCGUGGCCGGCGUGCCCGUGCUGGCGGUCAGCCACUCGUUCGUCGGCGAGCCCGGCUGGGAGAUCUACACAUCUGCGGAGCAGGGUCUGCGGCUGUGGGAUGCGCUGUGGGAGGCCGGCCGGGCGCACGGGGCCGUCGCCGCGGGCCAGGCGGCGUUCGCGGCCCUGAGGAUGGAGGCCGGCUUCAGGACGUAUGGCGUCGACGUCACGACCGAGCAAGGGCCGUUUGAGGCUGGGUUCGGGCACGCCGUCGACCUGGGCAAGAGUGGGUUCGUGGGCUGUGAGGCUGUCAGGAGACUUUCAGGCACCAAGCCGGCGGCCAUGAGGCUGCGCCAUCUCGUUGUGGAUGACGGCAGGUCCGUCGUGCUAGGGAAGGAGCCUGUCUUUGUGGCGGGCAAGGCGGUGGGCUACGUCUCGAGCGCCGUCUUUGCGUACACCAUUGGCAAGCCGCUUGCGUUUGCCUGGCUUCCGGCAGAGCUUGGUCCUGGAGCAGGUGUGGAGAUUGAGUACUUUGGGCGACGGAUCAAGGCCACGGUGACGGCGGAGCCUCUUCUCCAAACAUGGAGCAGGCAGUUGGACGAAACACAGCCUCCGAGGGCACGUCUGUAG